AUGACUGACAGAUUCCAAUUCAGCCGUAUUCAAAUAAGUUCUGACGAUGCUGACGUUGCUUUUUGUUAUUUUUCUCCCCCAGGUGUCAGCAGUACGACCGCAGCUGGAGGGCCUCCUAACACGGACUUGGGUUUCCUGGUCCGUAACCUGACGGAGAUUGCUCGUACGGUCGCCUCCAACACUUGGGUCUCCACCAAUAUCAACUCCCUCAACGCCUCAAUCACCACCAGUACGGUCACGGUGUCUACGCUACAAGGUCAGGUCACUUCCAUCAGGUCGACCCUUCAGCAGCAGCUUGAACCACUUAUAGCCAACGUGUCCCGCCUUAGCCAACAGGUCAGCCUCGUUACUCCUGCCGGGAGGGAACACCUUCAGAACCUCAACAACCUCAUCACCAACCUCCAGCAGUCUAGUGCACAAAAACAGCAAGCCAUCCGAGAACUGUCUGAGCAGAUUGUGCCAGAGAUACGACAGAACAUAGCGCAGUUACAGAGCGGGGUGUCCAGCUUGCCGAACCUACAAGACCGUGUGGAGGCACUGGAGGCUCGGUCCAACUCCUCUGUCAUCUCUUUAGGAGGUUUAAGCUCUUCUAGAAUGAUGAUGCGAGCUGUUAGGAAUCUCAGACGCCAGGUAACUCGUCUUAGGCGGGCUGUGAGUUUGGAUGAGUGCAGCAGCGGUCCUUGUCAACACGGUGGUACCUGCAUAGAUGGUUAUCUGACGUACACCUGCCUGUGUCGCCAGGGGUGGAUAGGUGAUGACUGCAACGAGGACAACAACGAGUGUUACGAGUUCUUUGGCACGGACUUAAACGGCGCCACCUGUGUCAACACGGACGGUGGGUACAGAUGUGAAUGUCAGCCCGGGUUCUAUGGCGUCCACUGCCAUCAGACGGCCAACAACUGUUCCUCGGCGUCUCGAGCAGCGCUUUGUGGAGGUCACGGUGUGUGUAUCCCCGCACAGAAUGGUCAUUUGUCAUACAUCUGCAUCUGUAACGAGGGAUGGAAGGCCAACCCCUCUGGCUCGACGUGUAUAGACGUGGACGAGUGUACCAGCUAUCAUCCUCACUGCUCUAAGGACCCGCCAGUACAGUGUGUCAACUACCCUGGAGGAUUCGCCUGCGGCCCCUGCCCACAAGGUUACAGUGGUGAUGGGCACGUGUGUCGUGACGUGGACGAGUGUUUGUUGAACAACGGUGGAUGCUCCCCUUACAGUGAAUGUUUCAACACCCCGGGAGGUCGUCGGUGUGGCUCCUGCGCUGCUGGGUACAGUGGGGAUGGGGUCACGUGCCUCCCUGCCCCACGAGCCUGUCAGUACGCACAAUGCCACCCCCUCGCUACCUGCGUCGAUAACCCCAGUAUGUCGCCGACAUACUACCAGUGUAUAUGCCCCUCUGGGUACGAAGGUACUGGCAUCGGGCUCCACGGAUGUCUGCUCACGAGUGGAGGAGGAGGAGGAGGAGGAGGAGGAGGCGGAAGAGGAGGCGGAGGCCAGUUGCAACCCACCAAUUGGUGCGCCACCCAACCUUGUGUCAACGGCGGCUCCUGUAUCCAGUCCGCCUCCAAUUACAGCUGUAUCUGUGUGCCUUGGUAUUCAGGACGCAAUUGUGAAUUGAACCUCGACGAGUGUGCCAGCAACCCCUGUAUGAACGGUGGCACCUGUUCCCAAGGCAUCAACACUUUCACUUGCAAUUGUCCUUCCUCCCACACCGGUGAUCGCUGCCAGACUGAGAAUGAACAGUGUGGAGGUGUCUUGAGAGGGACGGAGGGCGUGGUGACCUACCCUGGAGUGGAGGGCCAGCUCUACAACCAUAACAUCAGCUGUGCCUGGAUCAUCAGAGUGCCACGGGGAAAAGUCAUUAAUGUUACCUUCCAACAUUUCCAUAUGGAAGGUGGUCGAUGUAAUUUUGACUGGCUCCAGAUUCACGAUGGAUUACAAAUGUCCUCUCAAUUGAUUGGAAGAUUCUGUGGUACUAGUCUCCCAGGAAACAAUGGCUCUAUCAUUAGCACCCAUAACUUCCUGUAUCUUUGGUUCCAUUCCGAUCAUUCCGUCGCGGGCUUUGGCUUCAACUUUACCUGGAACACCACAGAUCCAGUGUGUGGAGAGGACUUCCAUGGCCAAGAGUAUGGCUCCUUCAACUCCCCCGGGUACCCUGGUAGGUACCCGAUAAACCGUGACUGCUACUGGACGGUAACGGUGCAGCCGGGCAAGAGGAUCAAAUUCCAUUUCGCCACACUGCAGAUUGAGGUCCAUCCGAACUGUAGCUUCGACUUCCUGGAGAUACGCGAUGGGUUGACCGAGACUGGUCAAAGCCUGGGCAAGUUCUGUACCACUCAAGCUCCACCACCCGUCACCACUUCCGGCUCGGAGGCCUUCCUUCACUUCCACUCAGACGUGUCAAUAAGUGAUACGGGUUUCCACAUCUCUUACAGCGCUGAGCCUGGUACACCAGGGUGUGGGGGACUGCUGACCAAUGACGUAGGUGAGUUCUCUGCCCCGACACUCUCAGAUACCUACGAGCAUAAUCAACACUGUGAAUGGCUAAUACGGGUACCUGCUGGCGAGACCAUCCAACUCAACAUUAGCGAGCUACACGUGGAGCAUCACCCAGGCUGCUUCUUCGACUAUCUGGCUAUCCGAGACGGUGGGAGCGCGGACAGUCCAUUAAUAAGUAAGUCUUGCGGGACGACUCUGCCCGAACCCGUCCGUUCCACAGGCAACCAACUCUUCGUCGUGUUCCACUCUGACCACUCCAUAACCUUCAGAGGUUUCAGGGCCAGAUAUCAAGUAGCGUGUGGCGGAGAACUGACAGGAAACACAGGGAUAUUCAAGUCACCCUACCAUCCACAACCUUACCCACAUGACCGAACUUGUGUGUACAUUAUAAGGCAGACACCGGGGAAGGCCAUCAGACUCAACUUCACCGAAUUUGAUAUUGAGGGACCCAGCAUGUGGAGUGGCUGUGUAUUUGAUUACGUUGAGGUUCGUGACGGUCGACGAGACACCGCGCCUCUACUCGGCAAAUUCUGCGGACCCUCAACACAUCGGCCAGAACCCAUCAUCUCCACUCACAACUAUCUUCGAGUUAAGUUCCGGACGGAUAGCUCAAUCAGUAACAGAGGUUUCUUGGCUAACUACACCACGAUUGAUACAAGAUGCGGUGGGGUACUACGGGAUAUCUUUGGGUUGGUCAACUCCCCCAACAGCCCAGACACCUACCCCAGCAAUACAGACUGCAACUGGGUGCUGGACCUUCCCCCAGGCUAUGUCAUUCAGAUCACUUGGCAGUCUUUUUCCCUCGAGCAACACUUCAACUGCAGAUACGACUACAUUGAAAUAUUUGAUAAUUCAUCCAUCCCUGGUUCAGGAGGACGUAUGGGAGAACAUAGGUACUGUGGCUCAGAUACUCCACCAAUCAUGACGUCCUCCGAUAACUUGGUGACCAUCCACUUCCACUCUGACCACAGUGUGAACCAUGAUGGCUUCUCCUUCACCUACCAUGGCAUUGACGCUUCCAGGUCUUGCGGUGGUCACUAUCAUACGGAGAUGGGAAUGAUUAGCUCACCCAACUACCCGGAAUACUAUCCACACCAACGGACCUGUGAGUGGACUAUAUCAGUGGCCGUGAGACAUCAAAUACGGCUUACCUUCGUGGAUGUGGAGAUCGAGGAGGCUGAUAAUUGUGGAUUCGAUUCCUUGGAGAUUAGGAACGGCAAGUACGACACUUCGCCACUGAUGACGAAGAUCUGCAGCAGGAACAAGACUGUGCCGGAGGUAUUCUCUCACAACCACCAACUGUACCUCAAGUUCAGAAGCGACCCCAGUGUUUCUUAUGAGGGCUUCAAGCUCUUCUGGGAUGCGGCGGCUACAGGAUGCGGAGGGCAUAUGACAGCAGAAACGGGAGAGAUUAUCUCACCUGGGUACCCUCAGCCAUACCACCACCUGGCGGACUGUUACUGGACUAUCACCGUGGCCGAGGGGUCUGCUGUCAGGCUUCACUUCAUCGACAUGGAUAUGGAAACUUCACCUGGUUGUUACUAUGACUUCAUUGAGGUGCGUGAUGGCAGUUCCCCACUCUCCCACCUGCUGGGGAGAUACUGUUCACUUAAUCUAGGUGUCAUCUCCCUCAACUCAUCCGGCAAUUCACUCUGGCUCCGCUUCCGCUCUGAUUACAGUUCCUCCGGCAGGGGCUUUAAGGCUACGUAUAUGACAGACUGUAACAGAGUCGUGAGAGGUCCACGAGGAGUCAUCACAACACCAGGUUUCCCCGACCCAUACCCUCUCAACCGCAACUGUACGUGGACCAUCGUGGCACCUUUAGGCAACUCUAUCAACGCCUCCUUCAGCAGUUUCGUCUUGGAGGAUCAUAUUAAUCAAGAGACCAAUGAGUGCCUCUUUGAUUACGUAGAGCUGUACGAGUCUCAGGACAGGGACAGGAGAGGAUCGAGGUUGGGUCACUAUUGUCGUAACUUGCCUCCCCCUGUCGCUACAGCUUCCCGCAUGAACAGACUCGAGGUGAACUUCGUCAGCGACUACUUGGUGCCAAUGAACGGCUUCAGGAUGGAGUGGAUAGUGAACGGAUGCGGCGGUGAGCUGACCAAGUCUUCGGGUAUCAUCUUAAGCCCGAAUUACCCGAACUCCUACCCGAGCAACACAGAGUGCGAAUGGCAUAUCAGCACCCACCCAGGCACCAAAAUUCAGAUCACCAUCCAUAGCAUCGAUCUAGAGAACGCCGGGAACUGUAUCUUUGACGUGCUGCAGAUACACGGGGGAGAGGACAACACCUCGCCGAGGCUCACCUCACUAUGCCACGAGCAGAUGGACGCCACCACCGUUACUACACAGGGCAACCAGGCUUUUAUCAGCUUUCGCAGUGAUCAGUCCGUCAGGGGGAAAGGCUUCAACAUCUCCUACACCAGUCUCCCUGGCGGUUGUGGUGGAUUGUUUACCACACCAAGUGGCACCAUCCACUCCCCUAAUUAUCCACAACACUACGACGUCCACUCAGACUGUGUGUGGACUAUCCGGGUCAAUCGACUCCACGUCGUAGAGCUGAACUUCACCAACUUCGAUGUGGAGCCGAGCACCAACUGUACCUAUGACUACGUGUCGGUGUGGGACGGAGAGAACGAGGAUUUCCCCCUCCUCCUCCAACACUGUGGAGCCUCCCUACCUGUUCCUUCUCUCGUGAGGGCUUCUGGCAACGUCAUGACAGUCAGACUAAAAGCAGAUGGGUCUUUGAGCGCCAAGGGCUUUACGGCUAAUUACCAAAUGGGUUGUGGGGCAUCCUUGGAGGUCAGCUUGGACGAGACGGGAGAAUUGACCUCUCCUCACUACCCAAGUCCUUACACUGCCACGCUCAACUGUUCCUGGCAUAUUUACGCUCCUCCAGGUUACCGUGUCCACCUGCACAUAGUUCACUUGGACAUACACUCACGUUUCCCUCCCAACGUCAACUGCAGCCAUGAAUAUUUAGCUGUACUGGACGGAGGUCAGCUAGACUCACCAAUGCGGGGAAAGUACUGUGGUGACAGAGCGCCCAGGUCCAUCGUCUCGUCCUCCGAGUACCUCACAGUAACGCUGAUUAACAACUACGCCUUUGUCACCUUCAAGGCAGCAUACAGCGUGUUCAGUUCGAGAUGUGGGGGCACGAUGACCUCGGCUAGAGGGGAAUUAGCGAGCCCACACUACCCGGAGCCUUACCCGGGCCACACCGAGUGUGAGUGGACGGUCAACGCCGGUCCAGGUAACAGUCUACGAUUAGAUUUCAUAGAGUUUGACUUGGAGGAAACUGACGGCUGCAACUUGAAUUACGUCGAGGUGCACGAACGUGAUCCCACCGGCCCGCUUCUCCUUCACAACUGCACGACCUCCAGCACUUCUCUUCCCGCACCUAUCACGGUCCGCGAGUACCUCUGGAUCAAGUUCCGUUCUGAUAUUAAUGGCGUUGGAGCCCGGGGUUUCCUGGCCUCCUACAGUCUGUUAUUCGGCAACUCGCUGUAUGGGGAGUCGGGAGAGGUCACAUCACCCUUGUACCCUCACACGUAUAUGGGCGCAGAAGACAUUACCUGGACCAUCACAGUGCCUUGGGGGAAAUACGUCAGCAUUACCUUCCUCGAUAUGGAUAUUGAGAGUAACCCAGUCGUGGAUGAGUGUAAUGCUGGCCUGGUGAUCUACAAUGGUCCGAGCAGUGAGUACAGCUCGGUGUUGGGUACCUUCUGUGGGUAUGAGACGCCCUCUGAACCGAUACUGACGGGUAGGCGGUCGGUGUUGGUGAGGCUCAAUUUCCGGCACGUUCAUGAAGGAUCCAGAUUCAAGUUCCGAUACGACGCCGUCAGCAGGUCGGAAAACAUGGGCCAAAGUCACCUUGCCGGGGCCUCAAACAACUGCAGUUAUAUGGUGUCGAUUAAUGGCUCUUCCGAGAUAAGUAACCCAGGUCACCCGGGCUACGCUAACAACCUUAACUGUGAGUGGAUCAUUGAGGCGCCUCCCCACGAGAAGAUCAAGAUCUUCAUCAUGUUUGAGCUGGAAGAGUCAUCCUCGUGUUUUUAUGACUACAUCGGCGUUUACGACGGUGUGGGAGGAAAGAGAAAUUGGAACCUUACCGAGAAAUUAUGUAGGAGAGAACAAAACCACUACUUCUUCAUCAGCUCCGGCAGGUACCUGAGACUACGCUUCAUUACUGAUGGAAGUGUGAACCACAAUGGUUUUAGAGCCUUCCUUUAUACAGUGUGUGGCGGUUUCCUUGAAGGAGCUGAGGGCGUCAUCAGUAGCCCGAAGUUCCCUGAUAACUACCCUUCUGGUCAAGACUGUCAGUGGUCCAUCAGGGUCGGGAUAGGCAAAACUAUCCGCCUCGAGUUUGACACCUUUAGGGUCGCAAAUUCUACAUCCACCUGUGGCGGCGAUUACCUGUUGAUCCGGAAUGGAGGAACACAAUCGUCACCAUUCCUGGGCGCAGGCAAGUUUUGCGGGCUAUCUACCCCACAGAUAGGGGAGAGCUCUUCUAAUAUUCUCCUGCUGAGAUUCGUCACAGAUAACUCCAUUCAUGAGAAGGGUUUUAAGCUACGUUAUUAUGAACAAGCGGCCACGUGUGGAGGUCAGCACCGCCUCACAGCUGACCUGCCCAGGCUCACCAUACACUCCCCGAACUUCCCCAACUCCCCAAACCCUUACACCGAGUGCUCCUGGACCAUCCUCGCCCCCUCGGAGAAGACCAUUUCACUUCACUUCGACGACACCUUUACCAUACCAAAUCUUUUUGGCAGCUGUGACCAGGCGUUCAUAGAGGUGAGGGACGGAGGAACCAUCAUCUCCCCACCGCUGCUGGAUAAGUUCUGCGGCACCAUCAACCCUGGCACCGUACACACCACCGGCAGUGCUAUCUACGUCCGCUACUACAACAACAUCACCGAACACCAUCCAGGUUUCCAGGCCGACGCCACCAUAGAUACGUGUGGAGGAUCCUACAACGCUAUAGACGGAGGCUACCUGAGCACACCUGGCUUCCCGGGUCCCUAUGCUCAUGACCUGAACUGCACCUGGAGGAUUGUGGCGCCCCUGGGUCACUACGUCUCGCUACAUAUGCUGGACGUGGACAUCUACUCCCUCUCUGAUAACUGCACCCAACCACGAGCCCGACUCCAGAUACGAGACGAAAAUGCAACUGGAGAGAUACUGGGGACGUACUGUAGCUCAGGGGAGUUGGUGGAACCCGUCAAUACGGCCUCCAAUAUCGCCUUUAUAUCCUUCAGGGGAGGAGACAACCCAGCCAACAGCAAAGGUGUCCGUAUCAUGUUCAACAGCAGUCAAGAGGAGUGUGGAGGUGAGGUGACCGGGAUAGAGGGAGAGAUUAGAUCACCAGGUUACCCCCAUGGAUACCCCAGUAGGAGGAUUUGUGAUUGGGUCAUCAGAGUUCCUGCGGGCAAAAGAGUGCAGCUUCGUUUCCUUGACUUAGAUAUCCCGAGUGCCCAGAUGAACUACGCAUUUACCGACGAUGUGUAUCACUAUUGCCCAGAUUUUAUUGCGAUCCGGAAUGGCCCGGAAGUUCACUCGCCUGUUUUAACGGGACGAUACAUAUGCAGUAACAUUUUGCCUGGCGGAGUCGACACUUUAAACUCCAGCAUGAACGUCAUGAGGGUGACCUUUAAGACUCAAGGUCACACCCAAGCCAGAGGGUUUAGGGCACAAUGGACCUCCGACGACCCCCAGGAGUGUGGUGGUGAGUUACCCUCCAUCAGCGGACAAUUGGCCUCCCCGGGGCUUCACAGCAGCUCCUAUAACCACAGCCUCUACUGCGUGUGGACCCUGACCAAUCCUCAUCCCGAGAACUCCUCCUUCGUCGUCACCUUCACCUUCCUACACCUGGAGAGCCACUGCUUUGAUUACGUCCUCAUACAGGGAGAGAACAUCGAGGGAGAAGUGGAGAAGAUACAAAGGGUCUGCAACGAACACAAUCUGGCCCCCAUCAUUGUUCCUUACCAGACACUCAAGAUCUCCUUCAUCACGGACUCCUCGAUCAACGCUACUGGAUGGAACCUCACUUACGGGCUUGGACAGUGUGGUGGUACCUUGCAUGGUCCUCAGAACGUGCUCACAUCGCCCAGGUACCCGGCUCACUACUCCAACAACGUGCAUUGUGCCUGGCUCCUGAACUACGGUGACGGGGAACAGAUCGAUUUGGAGUUUACCAACUUCCGACUGGAGGACUCAUACCACCAUGACUACGUGGCCAUACACAACGGGCCCAGGUUCACAUCUCCUCUGCUAGGCCACUACACAGGGACCACCAGACCUGAACAUCUCCGCUCCAUGACGAACAACCUCCUGAUUGAGUUCCACACUGAUGACUCCGAUAAUGAUCAGGGAUUCAGGGCCGUUGCCUCCAGGCACACUAGAGGAUGCGGAGGUGUGUUCCACGGGAUGACGGGGAACUUAUCCAGUCAACAGUUUCCCCAGGAUUACCCCGCUAAUACUGAGUGUGAAUGGGAGAUCGACCUACCUGCUGGUUACCACGUAGUUGUUGCCUUUGUUGACCGCUUCGAUGUGGAGACCAGCAGCAACUGUGAGAACGACUAUGUGCAGGUGUUCCAGUCUAAUAACAGCGGCCCUCACACUCCGACGAUGUGGUUUGGACAGAACAAGUUGUGUGGGAAACAGGCUCCUCUCCCUGUCACCUCCACAGGCAGUCGAAUAAAGCUCCUUUUCCACAGCAAUGACGCAGUGCAGGGCAAAGGCUUCAAGGUCUCUUGGGUGACCCACUGCGGCAGGAACUACACCAAUCCCACUGGCUAUAUCGUGUCACCUGGUCACCCCGAUGUGUAUCCGCCAAACACCAAUUGCGAAUUUCGGAUCCUGGCAUCACCGCAACAGUUCGUCACCAUUCACUUCUUCUCUUUCGUCAUGGAGCCUGGUACUAACUGCAUGUUCGACUCGCUGGAGGUGGUGAGCUACGGAAGUUUGAGUUACUUUAGGCCGAGACGAUUGACCACAACAAUGGGGCCUUACUGUGGUCGAAACGAGCCUCCGAAUGUGUUGACGACUCGAGGUACAACGGUCCUUCGCUUCCGUUCAGAUUACUCGGUACAGAUGACAGGCUUCGUGGCUAACUACAGCGUCUCAGGCUGUGGAGGCAACAUGACCGCUCCAGGGAUCAUUGAACUGCCUACGAGACCAACUUAUCAUAACCACAUGGCCUGCACUUGGUACAUUACGGCCCCGUCCGGCAAGGUUCCGCAUUUCAAAUUCCAAAUGCUUGACGUGGAGCCAUCAAGGCGAUGCCAUUACGACAAACUCAGCAUUUACAAUGGUCAUACAACACAGGAAGAGAAGCUGCUGAGACGCUUUUGCGGGGACCACACGGAGUCGCUGCCAACUGUUGUGACUCAAGAGCAAGAGGCCACGGUGCAGUUCACAACCGACCACAGUGUUACCGGACAGGGACUCAAGAUUGCUUUGGAAUUCUCUUAUGCCUGUGGUAGCAACGUCAAUAUCUCAUACGAGGGGGCGUCUCAGACCAUCCGUUCCCUCGACUUCAAUAGUGAUGGUAACUAUGAGCCCAUGUUGGACUGUCAGUGGCUGGUGAGAGGCCAACCAAAUCAUGUGGUGACGUUAAACUUCACCAGGCUGGAUCUGGAGCCUCCGGGAGCCAACGAUACAAUACCUUGUCCUUACGAUAGUGUAGAGGUUAGGGACGGGCCAUCUAUUGCUUCGCCGCUGAUCGGUGUGUUCUGCAAUGCUUCAACUUCUCCCCCUACCGUCUCCUCUUCGUCCGAUGUAAUGUUCGUCCGACUCCUCACUGACAGUGUCAACCAGCGAGUCGGCUUCACUGCCACUCUCACCAACACCCCACAUCCAUGUGGGGUGUCAGGUCUACAAGCCACGAAUGAAUCCCAGGUGAUUCAGACCCCAGGAUAUCCUUAUCAAUAUCCCGUUAGUACCCGCUGCAAGUGGGUCAUCACGGCGCCCGAGGACCAGGACAUCGAAAUUGAGGUUGAGGAUCUGAGACUUGAGUCAUCUCUGAAAUGCGUCAAGGAUCGGCUCUAUGUAUCUGACUAUGACCCGAAUGAGUCGAGUUCUUUUCAAAUCAUGCCGGGAAAUUCUCGAUAUACACACAACAUUGGAGGCCGACGUGUCUACUGGCUGUCUAACAAGCUGGCCCAUGCUUACUGCGGCACCACCAUCCCUCACAACAUCUUCUCAACCACCAAUGCCAUGGAACUUCGCUUCGUUAGUGAUGGAGAAACUGUCGCCCAAGGCUUCCGGAUUCGCUAUUCUCUUGGAACUUGCAACAGGACCUACAACGGGUCAUCAGGGAACGUCUUCUCACGUAGAAGAUCAAGUUGCUUCUCCACCUUUGUCGCGCCGGCGGGCAGCUUCAUUAACCUGUACUUUAGUGGCUUCGCGACCUCGACUUCCCACGGCCAGGGUUGUUCGGACGACAGAUCUCUGAAGGUGUUUGACGGUGCUGAUUCUUCAGCUACUCUCUUACUGCAUGCGUGUGGCUACAGUCUCCCAGCGCCCGUCUUCUCGACAAGCAACUCCCUACAUCUCGAAUUCAGACCUAGCAGCUGGGACUACUUCCGGUUAAACUAUGCGACCUCUACCCAGAGUGGUGGAUGCGGCGGUGCCCUUUUCUUCAGAAGAUGGGGCUAUGUGACCAGCCCCGGGUACCCUGGUCCAGCGUCUCCAGGGCUAGACUGCAUGUUCAGCCUGAGCACCACCCCAGAUGUCCAUAUCCUUCUCAGAUUCCGAUCAACGGACUUCGGUGGAUCUGAUGGCUGCAAUAAUACCUUCCUUGAGGUGUAUGACGUCACUGCUACCGGCGACACCCCACUAGUGAUCACUUUGUGUGGCCAGGAGAACGUGGCAUUACACUUCGCUCCAAGCAACAAGAUGGCGCUACGUUAUGUAACAGGCAACGGCAACAUAACGGGACAGGGCUGGUUGGCAAGAAUAGAUGUCGGCGACCCUCACGAGUCCGAAGUUUUUGACAUUGACUCAUCCACGCAGGAGGAGGAAAGCACCGAGUCAUCUUUGUGAGUCAGUUGGUUGUGAGUCAUCAGCUAAUAUACUAUAGUGCGAAUAACAUACCAAUAACUCACCUGACCUAUUAAUUACUCGCCUGGCCUAUUAGUGACUCGCUUGAUCUAUUAAUCACUCACUUGACCUGUUAAUAACUCCCCUGACCUGUUUGUGACUCACCUGACCUGUUAGUGAUUUACCUGACACAUUAAUAACUCCCCUGACCUAUUAAUAGCUCACCUGGCUUCUUAGUGACUCACCUGACCUGUUUGUGACUCACCUGACCUGUUUGUGACUCACCUGGCCUUUUAGUGACUCACCUGACCUGUUUGUGACUCACCUGACCUGUUUGUGACUCCUCUGGACUCUUAGUGACUCGCCUGGUCUUCAGUGUUGUUGAGGAAGACUUAAGUGCUCUGACUUCGACUACUGCACUAGUGAGACAAUAAUCAGCACUGCACUUAACUAAUAUAACCACUAAGAUUCCCUAUAACAACAAAGAUGAUAUAAUAUUUGUGUUCCAAUUAUAUGUAAAGUUGUUUGACCUCGUUAUUAGUAUUAUCGUGGUUAUUUUUAUAUGUGAAUUAUAAUAUGGUUGUAAUUAUUAUUUCCGUUUGAAGUGGUAGUUUUAUAUUCUAUUUCUUGUAGAUGUAAAUGUUCAUUUCAGUAACAAAUUGAAUAAUAAAUAAAAUCGAAUGAAAUUU